UAUCAAAAUUGUCUAAAUUUGUAGUAAAGUUAUUUUAACAACGUCCAAAAAGCCUGCACACGCAUUCAGAGGACCAUAAGUUAUACAUUUGUCAUCUCAGCAGCAGCAUCUAAAAUUCGAAAACCACAUACAAAAUGAGUAAGCCGGAUCCUAACUCGCGUCAGGGCUCCUACAAGUCGAACACCAUCAACACGCAGGAGUCGCGCAUGCGCCGCCAUGAGGUGACCAUCGAGCUGCGCAAAUCCAAGAAGGAGGACCAGAUGUUCAAGAGGCGUAACAUCAACGAUGAGGAUCUCACUUCGCCGCUCAAGGAGCUCAAUGGACAGUCGCCGGUCCAGUUGUCCGUGGACGAAAUAGUGGCGGCAAUGAACAGCGAAGAUCAGGAGCGUCAGUUCCUGGGCAUGCAGUCUGCCCGGAAGAUGCUUAGUCGAGAGCGCAACCCUCCCAUCGACCUAAUGAUCGGGCAUGGCAUUGUGCCCAUCUGCAUUCGGUUUCUACAGAACACAACCAACUCCAUGCUGCAGUUCGAGGCCGCUUGGGCCCUGACUAACAUCGCCUCCGGUACUUCUGAUCAGACGCGCUGCGUUAUUGAACACAAUGCGGUCCCUCACUUUGUGGCUUUGCUGCAGUCCAAGUCCACCAACCUGGCUGAGCAGGCCGUCUGGGCACUGGGCAACAUUGCUGGCGACGGAGCUGCUGCUCGGGAUAUUGUCAUCCAGCACAACGUGAUUGACGGUAUCCUGCCACUGAUCAAUAACGAGACACCGCUCUCAUUUCUGCGCAACAUCGUUUGGCUGAUGUCCAAUCUGUGCAGGAACAAGAAUCCCUCGCCACCCUUCGAGCAAGUAAAGCGCCUUCUGCCCGUCUUGUCGCAACUUCUGCUCAGCCAAGACAUCCAGGUGUUGGCCGACGCCUGCUGGGCCCUGUCCUACGUUACAGACGAUGACAACAGUAAGAUCCAAUCGGUGGUUGACUCGGAUGCAGUGCCGCGUCUGGUUAAACUGCUGCAAAUGGACGAGCCAAGUAUCAUUGUGCCCGCCUUACGCAGCGUCGGAAAUAUUGUAACCGGCACAGAUCAACAGACUGACGUCGUUAUUGCCUCUGGAGGAUUGCCUAGAUUAGGACUUCUCUUGCAGCACAACAAGAGCAACAUUGUUAAGGAGGCUGCUUGGACGGUUAGCAACAUCACUGCAGGUAACCAAAAACAGAUACAAGCAGUCAUUCAGGCCGGAAUUUUCCACCAGUUGCGCAGCGUGCUAGAGAAAGGGGACUUCAAGGCCCAAAAAGAGGCUGCAUGGGCGGUGACCAACACAACAACAUCGGGCACCCCGGAACAGAUCGUGGAUCUGAUUGAGAAAUACAAAAUCUUGAAGCCAUUCAUUGAUCUAUUGGAUGCAAAGGAUCCGCGUACCAUCAAGGUUGUACAAUCGGGACUUUCAAAUCUUUUUGCCCUGGCUGAAAAACUUGGUGGCACCGAAAAUCUGUGUUUGAUGGUCGAAGAGAUGGGAGGCCUGGACAAGCUGGAAACUCUGCAGCAGCACGAGAACGAGGAGGUUUAUAAGAAGGCCUAUGCCAUCAUCGAUACUUACUUCAGCAACGGCGAUGAUGAGGCCGAACAAGAGUUGGCGCCACAGGAGGUUAACGGAGCCCUCGAGUUUAAUGCCACCCAGCCAAAGGCACCCGAGGGUGGCUACACGUUCUAGACUAAUCACUCAACAUAAUCCAAACGCCGCUCACACGCCUUACAAACCGCACCCCGCGCUCACACAGUUUAUUUUUUGCCACAAACUAUGCCAUUGUCAUACAAGCAUCACAUCUGAACAUUCCCCACAUCCAAACACAGGCUACUGCAUUUGCUUAGACAUUCAAAACUCGCUACUGAUCAUAAUUUUCUCACAAAACGUUCCAACCAUAUCUUCGCAAUGGAAAAACACAAACAUCCGAUGUUGCUAGGCAUCACGGAAAUCUAGGUUCCUUUUUUGUUUCAUAUGCAACCUCUGUCAGCUGCGCUGGCUGGGAUCCUAGUUGCCGCUUAUCUGGAUGCGUGUGCAUGGCAUUCUAAAUUGAAGCAUUUCGAACUUAUUUCGGUCAUAUUUUAGGCUGUUUAGUAUUUAUUUAUGUAUACACACGAUGCUUUUAAUCCUCCACCUUCGCAAGCAUUACAACAACUACUCAUCCCCUUUGCACCAGUGUCCUCAUCCCCGAAUUAUAUUCAAAGUUAUCAAUAAAUAAUGAAUUGUUUGAAAGAUUAA